CCAGCUGCGUUCCCACAGGAUUCAUCAUCCCUCCCUUCCCAGGCAGAGGCCGCAGAUCCCCUGCAGAGCGCCUGCCCAUAAACAUGGCUGCGCCCUGUUCAGCUUCUCCUCGCUGGGACCCGCUGGCCGGGCUGGCCUUGCCAGUACUCGGGGACUUCCUCCACAAGCCGGCUUCCUGCACGGCUGGCAUUUAAACCGGCUCCUGGGGCUGCGAGCUGUGGCUGCGGAUGCUGAGCUGUCCGCGGGCUGAGAAGCGCCGCUGCCGCCUCUGAGCUACCCGGCGAGGCAGGAGCAGGGCCAAAGCAUCCCCUAACUGUACCUGGGCCAGAGCAGCAGACGUCUGGGAGGACUCCGGCAUCUGGCAGUUAAUUCCAGGUUUGACUUUAAUUUCCAAGAUCGCAACCCUCCUGCUCAGCCUAGAUAUUUUCCCUCCCUCCGGCCUUGGUUGUUGGAUGAAGAAGGGGCUGGGCUGGAUCCCAGGAGCUUGGGAAGAGCACGUUCUCGGCCCCGCGACGUCGCCCCAGGGACCCACGAGCCGCGCGCCCAGGUCAUGGUGCAGUUGAGCCUGGCGCUCGGGUGAGGCGACGGCGCGGCUCCAGACUGGCGGGCCCGCCCUGCGGAGCAUCUUCCCGAGGAGCCAAGGGCGCCGGCACGCGGGGCUCCGCGCCCUCCUGUUGGAGCUGCGCGCAACGGGCGAGCGGCAGCCGCAAUGUUCAGCUGGCUGAGUUCCGACGACCGCAGGAAGAAGGACCCCGAGGUCUUCCAGACAGUGAGCGAGGGGCUCAAGAAACUCUACAAGAGCAAGCUGAUGCCCCUGGAAGAGCAUUACCGCUUCCACGAGUUUCACUCGCCUGCCCUGGAGGAUGCCGAUUUCGACAACAAGCCCAUGAUCCUGCUGGUGGGCCAGUACUCCACUGGGAAGACCACCUUCAUCAGGUACCUGCUGGAACAGGAUUUCCCAGGCAUGAGGAUUGGGCCCGAGCCAACCACCGACUCCUUCAUUGCGGUGAUGCAGGGCGAGGUGGACGGGAUCAUCCCCGGGAACGCCCUGGUGGUCGACCCUAAGAAGCCCUUCCGGAAACUCAGCGCCUUUGGCAAUGCCUUCUUGAACAGGUUUGUGUGUGCCCAGCUGCCCAACCCCGUGCUGGAGAGCAUCAGCAUCAUCGACACGCCGGGGAUCCUCUCUGGGGAGAAGCAGAGGAUCAGCCGAGGGUAUGACUUUGCUGCCGUCCUUGAGUGGUUCGCUGAGCGGGUGGACCGCAUCAUCCUGCUCUUUGAUGCCCACAAGCUGGACAUCUCUGAUGAGUUCUCAGAAGUCAUCAAGGCCCUCAAGAACCACGAGGACAAGAUGCGGGUGGUGCUGAACAAGGCCGACCAGAUCGAGACGCAGCAGCUGAUGCGGGUGUACGGGGCCCUCAUGUGGUCCCUGGGGAAGAUAGUGAACACCCCAGAGGUGAUCCGGGUCUACAUUGGCUCUUUCUGGUCCCACCCCCUUCUCAUCCCUGACAACCGGAAGCUCUUUGAGGCUGAGGAGAAGGACCUGUUCAGAGACAUCCAGAGUCUGCCCCGAAAUGCUGCCCUGCGCAAGCUCAAUGACCUCAUCAAGAGAGCCAGGCUGGCCAAGGUCCAUGCCUACAUUAUCAGCUCUCUGAAGAAAGAGAUGCCCUCGGUGUUCGGGAAAGACAACAAGAAGAAGGAGCUGGUGAACAACCUGGCUGAGAUCUACGGCCGGAUCGAGCGGGAGCACCAGAUCUCACCUGGGGACUUUCCCAACCUGAAGAGGAUGCAGGACCAGUUGCAGGCCCAGGACUUUAGCAAAUUCCAGCCCCUGAAAAGCAAGCUGCUGGAGGUGGUAGACGACAUGCUGGCCAGCGACAUUGCCCAGCUCAUGGUGCUGGUGCGCCAGGAGGAGACGCAGCAGCCCGCCCAGACGGUGAAGGGCGGAGCGUUCGAGGGCACCCUGAGUGGCCCCUUUGGCCACGGCUAUGGGGAGGGGGCCGAGGAGGGCAUCGACGACGCUGAGUGGGUGGUAGCCCGGGACAAGCCUAUGUACGAUGAGAUCUUCUAUACUCUGUCACCGGUGGACGGCAAGAUCACGGGCGCCAACGCCAAGAAGGAGAUGGUACGCUCGAAGCUGCCCAACAGCGUGCUGGGCAAGAUCUGGAAGCUGGCGGACAUCGACAAGGACGGCAUGCUAGAUGACGAGGAGUUUGCACUGGCCAACCACCUCAUCAAGGUCAAGCUGGAGGGCCAUGAGCUGCCCAGCGAGCUGCCCGCCCACCUCCUGCCCCCAUCUAAAAGGAAAGUUUCCCAGUGAGAGGAACAGGGGGAAGUUCUGGUGUUAUAGGAGAUGGGAGAGGAGAUCGUACACACACACACACACACACGCACACGCACACGCACAUGCACACGCGCGCGCGCACACACACACACACAGGCACAGAUCCUGAGAGCUGCACCGAAAUGAAAGGGGACAGUGGUCCCCAGGUUUCCAGGCAGAUCUUUGUUUGGACACAGCAUUGGUAGAAGCACAGGAGCAUGCCCAGGGUCCCAGGUUUCGAGCCUGGUCUCCAUCCCCCUCUCCCACUCAUCUUCCACUGCCCAGAGAUCUGCCUUCUACCCUUGAGGCAGUUUGUUCAUCGGCACACAGAUGGCCCACCCUCCUCCAGAUUCCCCAGAUUCGGAGGAGAUGGGAAAGCUUUUUGCUUAAUAGGCAAUUCACUUGGUUUUCUGAGCUUUCUCCCCCUCUUUGGCUUCCUAAGAGGAAAUCUGCUCCAAGCUCAGAUGUGCAGGAAGGGGGCUAUGGCAGGGGAGAAAGGCGAGGGGGGAACACCCUCGAGGAACCAGGUUCCAGACUUGAACUGCUCUUUCCCAGACUUAGGCUCUGUCUGUCUCAGCAAACCUGGCUUUGAACCCUGCUGGCAAUUCAUUUCAAAGAAUCCCAGUGAGGGCGGUAGAGGAGGAAAUACCGGCAGGAAAGAAAGCAAAGAAACUAUCCUGUCAUCCUCUCCUCAAAGCCAGUCAGGGUGGUUUUAUUGCACAGAUUUUGUGAGAGUCGUGUGUUUUUCCUCCUGCCCUCUGAUGUGUGGAUGCUCAGAAUCGACUCACAUUCCUCUUGCCCCUCCUGUGUGCCAGGAGUUCUCUUAGACACUUUUAAAUAGACAUCACCCCAUGUGGCCCUCAGCACUCGCCAAGGGACUAUGCAUUAGUCCCCUCCCCCAUAUUUCAGAUGAAGAGCCUGAGACCCAGAGUUUUAAGUGGCUACGAAGUCCCAUGGGUCACACGUGAUGGACAGAGGAUUCAGAGCCAGGGCCACCCUCUUUCCUCCUCUGUGAUGGUGUGUGCAGGACCCCAGCAUUGCCGGCUGAGGACAAAUCAGGGAGAGGAAGCUGAGCAUGCAGGCCCCUCACUGCCUUCCAAAGCAGGCUGACACAGGAGAAGGGCCAGCCAGCAUUUGGUGCGCCAUCAUCAGUCUGGCCACCUGUCACAUCACAGAAGCAAACCGUGCCUUCUGGCCAUGUGCCCCAGAUUCCUGAAUUCACAGAAGUCCAACAGCACCAGCGAGAGAGUGGGCCUGCCUGCUGGAUGCUGUCCAUGUCUGUGCCUCCCCCACCUCCCACCCAUAGCCUGAAUCAUCCCAGCUCAAAUGCAGCCACCGACUCUAUCAAGUGGGACCUCGUGUGGAUUCUCAAAGAGCCAACUUGAGGGGUCUGAGGUGGCAUUCCCUGCAGGACCCUCAGCAUCUCUGUGGUGUCCUUGGAAAAUGUCCACCAUGUUCAGUGCCCCGCUCCCUCCAUCACGGUCUCCUUUGGCUUGCUUUAUGGCCACUGAACCAGUCACUUUGUGUGCUAUGCUUCUCCUCUGAUGGAAAACAAAGACAAGUGUAACUUAUUUUAUAUCUAUGUUCAGACUAUAUACAGAAUAUUCUAUGUAUCUGUAAUGUGCUUACUACUGUAGUGCGUUUGUCAUUAGAAUUCAUGUUAAUACAGCAUUUAUCCUUUGGUACCCA